GAAACUAAAGUAUUAUCUAUGGAAAAUACAAUAAUAAUUAGCAUGUUUUGGAAGUUUAGAAUUUUUAAGAUUAAAAAUAUCUAGAUGAGUUUACAUCUAGAAGAAGCAAACGAAACGCAACAAUUAAUGCAGAAUGAAGGUGAAGAUGACGAACAAAAGAUACCACAAAGUGCGACUUCGCCUGUCACGAGUAAUAAGAUAUCAAGCGAAGCCGCAAGUUUAACAUCAAAAAAUCAUGAAAAAGUACUCACCAGUACUGGUAACAGUCUAAACGAAUCCACGAAGGUGUCGUACGUAAAUGAAAGACGUCUUCAAAGAGAUUUUAUGCGCUCGAACUAUACCAAUAGACCCAAGAACAUACCAAAAGAAACCCCAGAUGUUAAGAACAUGGAGAAAGCACUACUUGAGCUAUUAGAUGAUUUUCACACAGGAAAGUUAAGUGCUUUUGGAUCAGGUUGUAGCAUGGAACAAAUGAUUAACAUAAGAGAUCAACAGGAGCACUUAGCCAGGUUGCAUUUCCGUUUGUGUGCUGAUGUAGAUAAACCCACAGAAGAUAAUUUUGAAAAUUCAGCAUCUAGAGAUAAAAUGGAACAGCUUGUUAAAAGCUUGGAACAGUUGUCGAAUUCUAUAGAAAGACUACAUUGUGACACAAAUCCAUGUAGCAGUACUGAAGAAAAACCAUAACUUAAAAUUUAUUUUAUUUCAAGUAGUUUAAUUUAACUUGUAACAUGUAGGUGUUUAUAUUUUUUUGCAUUAAAAGUUUAUAUUAUCACUUAGAAAAUGUUCCAAACCAAUUACCUAUUAUAUUAUAUUGCUUA